CCGGAACGUUACGUCCGUAUUAAAAAAAUACACAAACAUGAUUUGCACAACAAUCCGCUCAAUCUAGUUUCAAACACUACUGAUGGAAACCACUGGGCAUUAUCAUAGUGACCAUUUUUUUCCACUGGGAUUUUCAUCUGUCACUUUCAUGAAUGAAGGAAAAUUCAAUCGAGCUCCAUUCAUAGCCGUAAACAAAAAAGUGAACCGCAGUAUCUGUGAAGUGUUUUUAUCAACGACUGGAAACCAUGGACCGGGGAAAGACGGUUGAAAAACUUUUCGAGGUUUUUUGUAAGGCCUACCCUCUGAAGAGUCGCCAGGCAAAUCAGGAUGCAUGCCACGCGUUUUGGAGAGCGAUUAAAGAUAAACCAGACUGUGACCAUUUGGCGCGCCUUAAGAUUCUAGAACUUCAAUCCAAAGCUAAGGCGCCGAGCGGAACCCUGAUGAAGUUCUUCAAAGCUGCACCUUUGCCGAGCACUUCUUCAAAACCCCCCAGCACUUCGAUCGAAACACCAGAAAUUGUUCCGGACUCUGAUGCAGCUGCUGGUUCAUCAAAGCCAACAAGCAAACCUGCCACGGAAACCACAGUAGCAACUGCGAAGUACGCGUGCCCAAAGCAAGACCAACUAAAAAAAGAGCAAGAAGCCGUCACUGCCGAAAUCAAUUGCUUGCUGUUGCGGGAGCGUAAUGCUAUAAUAUCGGAAGGCCAGGAAAAGGAGCUGAAAGCACUACAGAACAAAAAAAGAACAUCGAGACAACAUUAACAAAACUGAAAUUGGAUCAGGAAAGACAGAAGCAGUUCCGUUCGCAAAGAAAACGGAUGUUGGACAAAAUGUGUGAGACUACACCAGGAUUAGCAAAGAAGCUGAAAUUUCGAAAGGACGUGGGACGCCCAGCAGUGGAGACUGAUCAACCACAAUUCAUAAAAACCCUGUUAGAUAUUGCCCGGCACGGCGCUUCAGCUGAUGAUCGUCGAAGGUUCGAAUUCACAUUUAUAUAUGCUCUUGAAGUGUGCCACAAUGUUUUUUUUUUCUUUUUCAGAUUCGAAACACUGCGCACCGUCAAAACGUUGGAUGAGCUCACGGAAGGAUUACGUAAUGCUGGCUUCGAGGUUUGCAGGACGUCGGUUUAUUAUCGUCUUCUUCCACGGAACUCUAAUACGACGGAUGGUAAACGCCACGUGAGGGCGGUACCGGUGAAGCUGAUGAAGCCUGGCAAGGAUCUGCAUCGCACACACGAAGAUGGUUUUUUCUGCACGGCCUCAAUGAAUGCGUUGGACGAGUUGGCUGCGUUGUUAGGACCAACGGAGGUGGCCAAGCUUAGCGUCGACGACAAGGCUCGGGUGCCUCUUGGUAUGGCAGCUGCUACCAGCCAGUCGCCUUUGCUGAUGCACAUGCAGUAUCGAGUGCGCCUUCCUGACCACGACUGGGCGGUGGCGGACAGGCACAAAUUAAUUCCGUCAGUGUACGCGGGGGUCAUGAUACAAGAAAAUUCAUUCGGUGAUACAGCAGGUGUGACGUACUCGAGGCCUACUCAUGUGGCUAUCAGAUCUGGAAAGCAUAGCAAGUCCACAGCAUACAGUCAUGCUAGAGAUCUGGACCACUUGUUUGAAUUGCCAGAUUUCGAUUCAAUCCUUAACACACCUAACGGAGAUCCCAAGCCGGUUCUCUUCCUUUCUGUAGAUGGGGUCCUGAUGAGAACCCGCGUUUUCAGAAAAAUAUUGAAAUCGCGAUUCACCAUUUCAUGAGCAAAAAUCUUGAUUGUUUGUUCAUAUGCACAAACGCACCUGGCCGAAGUGCUUUCAACCCGGUUGAAAGGCGAAUGGCUCCCCUUUCGCGCCAGUUAUCCGGGGUCGUGCUACCGCAUGAUCACUUCGGGAGCCAUUUGGAUUCAAGUGGAAAAACAGUCAACACGGAACUGGAAGUACAAAACUUCAAACACGCUGGGCAGUGUUUGGCGGAAGUAUUUUCGUCAGUAAUUAUUGAUGGAUAUACAGUGACAGCUGAAUUUGUCGAAACUUCUAAUUCCAAAAUUCUAAAAAGUGGCAUGCUCAUAGCAAAAGCAGAAUGGGUCAGCAGGCAUGUGCGAUCAUCGCAGUAUUUACUGCAGAUAGUAAAAUGCAAAGAUCUGGAAUGCUGUACUGCAUUUAGAAGUGCAUAUCCACGUUUUGUGAAAAGUCGUUUUUUGCCUGCACCGGUUCCACUCUGCUAUGCACCCGAUUUGCAGAUUUCAACCGAUGCCAACGCAAAAAAGUUUGCUACACUUUGCCAAAAUCUGGCUUUCUUUAACUUGGAUGUACCUUACGACCAGUACUGCCCAUCAGUAGCUGGGAAGUUGGAUACACGUGUUUGCAGUGAGUGUGGACUGUACUGCGCUACGACAGUGCUGCAGAAGAAGCACCGAGUUGUGCACAAAACCAUUCGUCGCAAAAUUGCCAACAAAAAGGAGAUUCAACCUGUUGCAGAAGAAUUGGUCAGGGUUGAUCUUGAGGACUCGGAUGACGAGAAAUUUGAGGUAGAGUGGCUGGACACGGCAGAACCCGAUCCUGUUGCUACGGAUGAAGAAGACAUUGUGUACGAUGUUGAGUACCUCGAUGAAGCUUUACCCGUGGUAACAAUGGAAGAGCACUUCUCAGUUCCUUGGGCAGAAGAUGACAACAACUGAAAUGUUAAUGGACAUGGUUGUUUUGUUUUUUAUCUCGGUUUUUAUAACAUUUAUUCAUGCUGUAUUUUUUUUUGUUAUCU